AUGGUGCAAUCAAAGAAAUUCAGAGGUGUCAGGCAACGCCACUGGGGCUCGUGGGUUUCUGAGAUUCGCCACCCAUUAUUGAAAAGGAGGGUAUGGCUUGGAACAUUUGAAACUGCUGAAGAAGCUGCUAGAGCAUAUGAUGAAGCAGCAAUUUUGAUGAGUGGGAGAAACGCAAAAACAAACUUCCCAGUUGCGGAUAAUCACAGUUCAAGUUCAGCUUCAUCUUCUCCUCCCACGACAUUUUCAGCAGUUCUGAAUGCAAAGCUGAGAAAGUGUUGCAAGUCCCCUUCACCUUCCCUCACUUGCCUAAGGCUUGACACAGAGAAAUCCCAUUUCGGGGUGUGGCAGAAGCGUGCAGGGCCUCGUUCAGAAUCAAGCUGGAUCAUGAUGGUUGAGUUGGAAAGGAAGAAUGUUGGAGCUUCUGAUUCAGAGUUGUCAGUGACAGCCACACCAGAGAAGGUUAAACUUAAACCAGAAGAAAGCAACAAUGGGAAUGGGUUGGAUGAGGAAGACAAGAUUGCCUUGCAGAUGAUUGAGGAACUUCUCAAUAGGAAUUGA